AUGCGUUCGACCUUUCUCUCUCUUCUUCUCUUUUUCUCCUCCGCCUCUUUUUCCGCAGCCAGCUAUCUCAUAAGCAGUCCAGGGACUGGAACCGUCUGGAAUGCGAACGAUAAGGUCGAAGUCGAUUGGCAAGGCACAGACGAGCCAAAAGUUAAAGUAAGACUUGUUUAUGGUUCGGCAGCGAAUCUGCAACAGUACGCUGUACUCUGCGACGGCAUCGAUUCAAGCGUAGGGAAAUGCUCUUACACGGUUGAUAGCAAUAUUCCCAGCGGCCGCGACUAUGCAGUUACUGUCGGAGAAGACCCCAAUAAUUAUGGGUAUUCUAGCUUUUUCACUAUCAAAGCGAAGGGAGAUCUUCCACCAGCUACUGGAUGUCCUAACUUCGGUGGCCAAAAUUGCCCAGAAUCACUUCCCUGUUGUAGUGCAUCGGGAUACUGUGGCGUUGGUAACGACUACUGCGCACCAUCAAACGGAAAUAAAUGCGGCAACUCUGUGUGUGAUGCAUCCAAUCCCUGCUGUAGUAAAUACAAUUUCUGUGGUGCAACACCCGAUCAUUGUGGAAUUGGCUGUCAAGCCGGAAAGAGCUUUAAUGGAAAGUGUCUAACUCCUCAAGCUUCACCAAAACCUAAGAAAUGCGAUGCGGGACAGCGUGCGGAGCUGGAUGCCAGCCCGGAAAGAGUUUUGGUGGCAAGUGUAGCGCGUAAAAUGGACUUGAUAAUGAGACAAUAA